CUUUUCUUCUAUAGUGCAAGAGAGCUGCAACUGAUUCCAAUUUCGAAAGCCCCAAAUGGAAUCAAAGCAAGAACAUCGUUUCGACCUGAUAAUCUUAGGGGCAUCAGGUUUCACAGGCAAAUACGUACUCAAAGAAGCACUCAAAUUCCUCAAUACUCCAUCAUCCCCAUUGAAAUCCAUAGCACUCGCGGGUCGAAACCCAACCAAACUCACCCAAACCCUACAAUGGGCCACCCGGCCCAACCCUCCUCCCCCUCUCACCAUUCUCACCGCCGACACCACCGACCCCUCAUCCCUCCGCUCCCUCUGCUCCCAAACCGCCAUCCUCCUCAACUGCGUCGGCCCAUUCCGCCGCCUCGGCGAGCCCGUCGUCGCCGCCUGCGUCGAAACCGGCUGCGACUACCUCGACAUUUGCGGCGAGCCGGAGUUCAUGGAGCGGAUGGACGCCGGUUACCAUGAGAAAGCGGCGGAAACCGGUUCGUUGGUGGUUUCGGCUUGUGGGUUCGAUUCGGUUCCGGCCGAAUUGGGUGUCAUGUUCAAUUCGCGCCAGUGGGUGGGUCCCGCAGUGCCGAACCGGAUCGAAGCUUAUCUGAGUUUGGAGUCAGAGAAGAGGAUUGUGGGUAACUUUGCCACGUAUGAAUCCGCGGUUCUUGGUGUGGCAAAUGCCAACAAGUUGCAAGAGCUCAGAAGGUCCAGACCCAGAAGAGCUAGGCCUCUGAUUCCUGGGCCUCCUCCUUCUAAAGGAGAAACUAUCGAGAACCAGAAGAAAAUUGGCCUUUGGGCAGUAAAGCUACCUUCAGCAGAUUCAGUUGUUGUUCGAAGAACGCUUUCAAUUCUAACAGAAAACCCCCAUGGUCUCCCUGGGUUGAGUGAGAGUGCUGAGAUGGUUGAGAAAAGGGAAGCUUUCUGGUCAUCAGUGAAGCCAGCUCACUUUGGUGUGAAAAUAGGCUCAAAAUCUUUGUUGGGCAUUUUCCGAAUCAUUAUGGUUGGAGUUUUCAUUGGUCUUUUGGGAAGUACUGGUUUUGGAAGGUGGCUUCUUUUGAAAUUUCCUUCUAUAUUUAGCCUUGGUUGGUUCAAGAAGAAGGGCCCUUCCGAAGAGGAGGUGGAAAGCGCUUCAUUCAAGAUGUGGUUUGUUGGACGUGGUUUUAGUAAUGUGGGUCUUGCUUCACAGGGAAACACAAAACCUGACAUGGAAAUUAUAACAAGAGUAAUGGGACCUGAAAUUGGAUAUCUGACCACCCCAAUAAUUCUUAUUCAGUGUGCUCUCAUUCUUCUCAGCCAACGCAACAACCUACCAAAAGGAGGAGUUUACCCUCCAGGGAUUGUAUUUGGUCCAACUGAUCUCCAGGAAAGACUUGAACAAAAUGGAAUAUCCUUUGAUAUCAUCUCAAAAAGCACUAUUUCUUCUUGACUGUUGCAGGUUCACUUAACGAGGAGAUAUAUACUAUUCGUAGAACUGAAUUAUAUAACAAAGUAGGGAGACGCUGUAUUUGUUUUGUUUGACUGCGUUUUAUAAGUAUAGUAUAGUUAUACUAAGAUUUGGCUUGAUCUGCAUGUGAAUCAUCUUUUCAACUGCUUA